CAGAGAAGCUUCCAGGAGGAGAGGGGCGGGGAGCUGAGCCUCGAAGGACCAGGCAGAAUAUAUGCCUGUCAGAAGGGCAUUCCAGGUAGAGGAAACAGCUUGGGCAAAGGCCUGGAGGGAGGAAACUCAGGUUUUGGCCUGGGACUAAGUCUCUAGAAUUCAUCUAAAGGUAAUUUGAAAGUAGCUACCAGUUUAGAUGUGUGAUUCUUGUCAGGCAAACAGAAAUAAAAGAAGAGGGAAAGGAGAUGUGACAGACCAAAAGCAAAACUUCUCAGGUUGUCAGAAAGCUCAGAGCGUCAGGGAACUGUGAGCCUCGGGCAAGGCCUCCUUGCCUCUGCCCACCGCCAAACGGCACUGUGCAACUUGGAGGCAAGCUCAGGCCUGGGGAGGUGAUCGCAGCUCAGCCCCCUGAGGACCUGCUUCUGAGGCCGAACCAGCAGCUCCUGCCACUCCUCUGGCUGCCCCUUGGAGCUCACCCAGCCCAGCUUGACCAAUGUCCACAGCCAGGGAGCAGCCCAUCUUCAGCACACGGGCACACGUGUUCCAGAUUGACCCAGCCACCAAGCGGAACUGGAUCCCCGCUGGCAAGCACGCACUCACUGUCUCCUACUUCUACGAUGCCACCCGCAAUGUCUACCGAAUCAUCAGCAUCGGGGGUGCCAAGGCCAUUAUCAACAGCACUGUCACUCCCAACAUGACCUUUACCAAAACCUCCCAGAAGUUCGGGCAGUGGGCAGACAGUCGCGCCAACACUGUCUAUGGCCUUGGCUUUGCUUCUGAGCAGCACCUGACCCAGUUUGCUGAGAAGUUCCAGGAAGUGAAGGAAGCAGCAAGACUGGCAAGGGAGAAAUCUCAGGAUGGAGGGGAGCUCACCAGUCCAGCCCUGGGGCUCACUGCCCACCAGGUGCCCCCGAGCCCCCUCGUCAGCACCAACGGCCCCGGCGACGAGAAACUGUUCCGCAGUCAGAGCGCCGACGCCCCUGGUCCCACAGAGCGCGAGCGGCUCAAGAAGAUGCUGUCAGAGGGCUCCGUGGGUGAGGUGCAGUGGGAGGCCGAAUUCUUUGCGCUGCAGGACAGCAACAAUAAGUUGGCGAACGCCUUACGAGAGGCCAACGCCGCCGCCGCCCAGUGGAGGCAGCAGCUGGAGGGCCAGCGCUCAGAGGCUGAGCGGCUGAGGCAGCGGGUGGCUGAGCUGGAGGCCCAGGCAGCCUUGGAGCCCCCCCCAGUCAGCGAGAAGGAGGGGACUGGCCAGACACUGGAGCAGCUGGAGGCCCUAGUGCAAACCAAGGACCAGGAGAUCCAGACGCUGAAGAGCCAGGCUGGUGGGCCCCGCGAGGUCCCUGACACAGUGGAGCGCGAGGAGACGCAGCAGAAGGUGCAGGACCUGGAGACCCGCAACACGGAGCUGGAGCACCAGCUGCGGGCAACGGAGCGCAGCCUGGAGGAGGCACGGGCUGAGCGGGAACGGGCACGGGCCGAGGUGGGCCGGGCUGCACAGCUGCUGGACGUCAGGCUGUUUGAGCUGAGCGAGCUUCGCGAGGGCCUGGCCCGCCUGGCUGAGGGAAACCCCUGAGCCUUGAGCCCUGCCACUGGUCCACAUGGGAGCUGGGGCCUGUGGGAGGGGUUUUACAUGAAAGCUUCCCGCCUGGAGCAUGGGCCGGCCGCAGGCGGCACAGCAGGCCCUUCGCCCUGGCAGGGACGGGGCCAACUCAGCCCAGGUAGGGCCUGGCCACUCACAGCUCAGGGGCUGUUUGGGGCUUUUCGUUGUGUAGGAUUUCUAGACUUCCCGGGGCACGUGCUGAUGCCCAGAUUACAUUUCUAAGCGUG